UGCCACAUUUAACACACAAAACCCAAACCUACCGACAGAUAGUCAGACUUCCAUUUCGAUUUUACUCAAAGCCCAUCAUCACUUCCCCCAACUUCUUUGCUUCUAUCUAUCUGGCAGUUAAUACAGCUGAGAGCCUUGCUGGUUCGACCUCUCUGAUUAAUUCAGAGGUCUUGAGGGUUGAAGAACUAAGUUAACAAUCUUGUGGAGUCACUAGGAACAUAUCUGUUCAGUAAUGGCCACAGGAGGACUUGAUUAUGAAUCUUUGAAUGAAAAUGUGAAGAAAGUUCAAUAUGCUGUGCGUGGUGAGUUGUACCUUCGAGCAUCUGAAUUGCAGAAGGAAGGGAAGAAGAUCAUUUUCACAAACGUUGGCAACCCCCAUGCCCUUGGCCAGAAGCCUCUAACUUUCCCUCGCCAGGUAGUUGCGCUUUGCCAGGCUCCAUUUUUACUGGAUGAUCCUAAUGUGGGACUAGUUUUCCCUGCUGAUGCAAUUGCAAGAGCUAAACAUUAUCUUUCAUUGACCAGUGGAGGCCUAGGUGCCUACAGUGACUCAAGAGGACUUCCUGGAAUUAGGAAAGAAGUUGCAGAUUUUAUAGAAAGGCGUGACGGACACCCAAGUGAUCCUGAGCUCAUAUUCCUCACGGAUGGAGCCAGCAAAGGAGUCAUGCAGAUGUUAAGCACUAUUAUCCGAGGUCCACAUGAUGGGAUUUUGGUUCCAGUUCCACAGUAUCCACUCUAUUCUGCUGCAAUAAGCCUAUUCGGUGGUUCUCUUGUUCCCUAUUAUUUGGAGGAGACGGAAAACUGGGGCCUCGAUAUAACCAACCUUCGAGAGUCAGUGGCAAGUGCUCGUUCUAAGGGAGUAACUGUACGAGCUAUGGUGAUUAUAAACCCUGGAAACCCAACCGGGCAGUGUAUCAGUGAGGCAAAUCUGAAAGAAAUCUUACACUUCUGUUAUAAAGAAAAAUUAGUCUUGCUUGGAGACGAAGUCUAUCAACAGAACAUAUACCAGGACGAGCGUCCCUUUAUAAGUGCAAGAAAGGUACUAUUGGACAUGGGAGGUCGAAUUAGCAAGGAGUUGCAGCUCGUUUCUUUUCACACAGUGUCGAAGGGAUACUGGGGUGAAUGUGGACAGCGUGGUGGAUACUUUGAGAUGACUAACAUCCCACCACAGAGUGUGGAUGAAAUAUACAAGGUGGCAUCGAUAUCACUCAGUCCAAAUGUCCCUGGACAGAUAUUUAUGGGACUGAUGGUGAACCCACCCAAACCUGGAGAUAUUUCAUAUGAUCAGUUUAUAAGGGAAAGCAAAGGAAUACUCGAGUCACUAAGGAAGAGAGCACACAUAAUGACUGAUGGGUUCAACAGCUGCAAGAAUGUGGUUUGCAAUUUCACAGAAGGUGCUAUGUAUUCUUUCCCACAAAUUCGCUUGCCACCUAAAGCAAUAGAAUCUGCGAAAAAGGCUGGAAAGGUUCCGGAUGUAUUCUACUGUCUCAAGUUGUUGGAAGCCACUGGCAUCUCCACUGUCCCUGGUUCAGGAUUCGGUCAAAAAGAAGGGGUGUUUCAUCUUAGGACAACCAUCUUACCUGCUGAGGAAGACAUGCCUGCAAUCAUGGACAGUUUCAAGAAGUUCAACGAUGAGUUCAUGUCACAAUAUGAAGACUUCAGAGGCUAUUCAAGGAUGUAAAGACGUCUUCUUCGAAACUUCCAGUCAUUUGUAUAAUUUACUUCACUCUUGAUAAAACUAUUUCAUUGUCACAGUCAACUCUGGACUGAAAUGAUGCCAACAUUCUGUUAAUAUACUAUUACCCUUCUUAAGAUCUGAUCUCCUUUUCAGUCU